AACCCGGAUCCCGGAAGUGAAUGGUCUGUUUGCAGCUGAAGGCACAGUUGUAGUAUCUUAACCUCAUCACGUAGUAGUUAUAUAUCACAUUGGUACGUCGUGAAAUUAACAUGGAAUCCCUGUUAAACAGCACGGUGCUGAGAAAUGUAAUUACGCGCGUGGAAAACGUUCCAGGACUUCAGGUUUGACCUCCAGUUGUGUUGCAGCAGUUCAUCACACCAUGUUGGUGACGGCGUAUUUCGCCAUCGUUUGUCUGCUUGUCCUGUGUGUUGUCCUGGAGCUCACGGCACGCCGCCUCACGCCACCUCAGUCGACUCCCACCGCUGUGGCCAACCCAGCUUUCCGUCGCUUCCAGAGCAUAUUCCUCCGGGCGUACCUGUUGGCUCUGUGGGCAGACUGGCUCCAGGGUCCUUACCUCUACAAACUCUACCGCCACUACAGCUUCCUGGAAUCCCAAAUAGCCAUAUUGUAUGUGUGUGGCCUGGCCUCCUGUGUUCUGUUUGCUCCUAUUUCAGGUUGGCUCCCUCAAGCUUUGGGCCGCAGACGGACAUGCCUCCUCUUUUGCCUGUCCUACUCUGCUUGUUGUCUCACCAAGCUGUCCAGAGACUACUUUGUUUUGAUUGUGGGACGGGUCCUGGGAGGUCUGUCCACAUCCCUGCUUUCAACAACAUUUGAAUCCUGGUAUGUGCAUCGCCACGUAGACGUCCACGAUUUCCCCAAGGAGUGGAUCCCCAGCACUUUCACCAAAGCUGCUACCUGGAACCAUGGGCUCGCUGUGGGAGCGGGCCUGGUGGCCAACCUACUGGCCGAGUGGCUACACCUUGGGCCGGUGGCUCCCUUUCUCCUGGCCGUUCCCUGUCUAAUGUGCUGUGGCUGGGUGGUGUUGACAGACUGGGGCAAGGAGGAGGCUGAUGAGACUCCAGAAAGUGACAAACAAACAUUGCUUCUUGGUACUGCAGGUGUGACCCGUCUGUCUGCUAGAGCCCGCUUCUCCCGCAGUGUCCACGACGGGCUGCGCUGCCUGCUGUCCGACAAGAGAGUGAUGCUCUUGGGUGGUGUGCAGGCUCUUUUUGAAAGUGUCCUCUACAUUUUUGUUUUCCUUUGGACCCCAGUACUAGACCCGCAUGGACCUCCUUUGGGAAUAGUGUUCUCUUGCCUGAUGGCUGCUAGCAUGGCCGGCUCCCUGCUGUACCGCCUAGCCACUUCCACGCGCUACCGUCUACAGCCUGGCCAUGUUCUCUGCCUGGCUGUGCUGAUGGCCUUCUUCUCCUUCUUUAUGCUGACCUUCUCCACUGCACCCGGCCAACCAAGACCCCACGAAUCCUUUCUGGCCUUCCUGCUGCUGGAGCUGGCCUCUGGUCUCUACUUCCCUGCUGUCAGCUUUCUCCAGGGCAGGGUAAUCCCAGAGGAGAAGCGGGCUGGUGUGCUGGCCUGGUUCCGGCUGCCACUGCACCUGCUGGCCUGUCUGGGGCUGCUGGCACUGCAUGGGGAGAUUUCAGGAACAGGUGGAGGAGAGGGCGGCACCGGCACCCGACACAUGUUUGGAGGCUGUGCUGUCAUGAUGCUGGCUGCUUUGAUGGCUGUAGUCAGUCUGUUCACACUGGGCAGGAACGACACAGACUUGAAGCUAGAGGGAACCAGAGGGGAGGGAGAGAUGUACUGAUGUGAAAGACCGUGAAUCGGUUCAUGCUUUACUGAUUUAAGAUGUAUUGUGCCAGUGGUAUGUGUCUGAGAGAAGAAACCUAAUUUGUUUUACAUUACAUUUCAAUUUCAGGAGGGUCUUUUUAACUAAUAUUCUCAGUUGUGGAAAGCUUUUUUUACAUGGCCAUAUAUGAACCUUCAUCUGUCAAGUAAAUUGCUGGAAGCUUUGUCAGACAUUUGUCCAUAACCUUUUUGUUUUAUCAUUCUGUCGACCUACAAGAAGAUUGGCUGAUGGGGUUGCCAAGAUGCAUGACUUUUCACCUGUGAGUUUCCUCAUGUGGAUCAGUAAUGCAGUUCCAUUCCAUCAUAUUCUCAAAACACACACAUGAAGAAGUGAGUUUCAAAAAGUGAGAUCAAUGAAUAUCCAGAGCAAUGGGGUAAUAACUAAUGUAAACCAUUUCUGAAAGUCGGCUCUUAUAAUACUUCUCCACAUGUACUUGGAUUCCUCUUUUCUUAUUUUUUCAAGCGUUUGUGUAUUGUAUUUUAAGUAAAAGAGAAAUCAUU